AUGUCAUUUGAACAAAUUAAACAACGAUUAGGCAAUGAAACUGCCAAUUUCCAAAAGUUCAAAGAUUGCACGUUUGAACUUUAUAUGAUGAUUCUCCUACCAGAAGUCUUUAAAGAGGAAGUACGCAAUCAUUAUGAGAACAGACAGUGUCCCAAGGAUCUACCUUCGGAAUAUACUGAAGACCUUGAAAAGCUUGAGGACCUAAUCAUCAAGUUAUCUGCGGCACUGGCAGUUCAAGAAGUAAAUUCAAAGCUUGGAACCUCUUGCAACGGUCUAGUCACAUUUCUGAAAGAAAGCAGAGAAAUGAUGUUAUAUGAAAGUACUUAA